AUGUCAUUUGAUGGGAAUGAUGACGUGCAAGAGGCCGUUAUUGCAGAAAUUCGCAACUUCAAGGAUGAUAUAUUAGGAAACAAUAUCAAAGGAGAUGGUGCGAUUCCUCAUUUCGGCAAAAUUAAUAUUAAAAUGUCAGAAAAUGCAAAAAAUGCACUUGCUGCUGCAACACGUAAUCACCUAAGCGAAGUAAUCAAAAAUAAAAUGCCAUCGGAUGAACAAACUAAAGAGAUUCUUGAUUAUAUCUCAGAUGUACAAACUGGCUUAAUUAAAUAUCGCAGAAAGACAUUUACAGAGUUAGCUGAGAAAUACAAAGCUUUUAGUCAUCUUUUUGAUAAUCAAAUCAUUCGAGCUUUUGUUAUCAGUCGAAAGUAUUUUGAUAUCGAAAAAUUCAAGAAUUUCCUUGCAUACAUCAAAGUACUCAACUUAGAUUUUAUGAACAUUCUUGAAUAUUCUUCAAACGGAAACGAAUUUGUUUCACAAGAUGAUUUUCUUGGUUAUAUCAAUGAAAGAAUCAUGUUUUCCUCACAAAUCAAGCAGAUAAUAGAAGAAAACCCAGACGAAAAAGAUUUAUACUCUAACUAUUUACUAGAAAUGACUUAUUUGUCCCUCGAUAAAUUUAGUAGGAAUCGUUUAUUAAUUUCUGAAAUUAUUACAGCACCAUGCUUCCAGCAGUUCUUGGAAAUGGACAGACCACAAAGUCCCUGCUCAUUUAACAGCUACAGAAACCAAAUGCAAAAUUUCAACAAAUUAUCAGACGACCAAGGCUUGAUUCCUUUAGCAAACUUCAAAUACGCGUGCGACCGAACAUUUUCGAACGCAUUCUGUACAAGAUUAUUUGAAUAUAGCGUUACUUACGAUGGAUGCCUUGAUUUCUCCGGCUAUCUCCAUAUUUCUACCACAAUUGAGCGUCCUGAAGAGUUCAGCCAAAUGUAUUUCCGCAUUCUUGACGUUGAUGGCGAUGGAAUCUUCGGACCAAGCGAUUUACUCUACUUUUAUGAGGGAAUGUGCGAUGAAAUUGGCAAAAUUUCAGUUUCCUUUGAUACUCUCCUCCAAGAAGUUUUAGAUAAUAUGAGCGCACACCAAGUUGGCGUUACAUACCAAGAAUUCGAGUCAUCUGGCAACAUAUCAUGGCUUAUCGAUAUUUUGAGCAAUAUCGAGGAGUUCAAAGUAUAUGUUGGCGCUUAA